GUGUACUAUGUGGCUAUGCAUUACAUUACAGAGGAUACUAAGAGCAAACUGUAUAAGAUGGUCAGCAGAAGCCUUGAGUCUGAGCCAGCACACGUUUGUGGACCCCGCUGCCUGGGCCCCUUGACCUUCCAUAGGGAGGCGGUGGGGGCGUUGGUGAGCCUGAGCCAGGGGGCCAGACGGGCAGACAGGACUGGGGGUACCUUCAGACAUGGCCUGGUGUUCAGCAGCCGCCCGGUACGGGUCCAGGAGAGGGUGCGUCUGCGAGUGGAGCGGUGUGAGCUGAACUGGCAUGGAGCCAUGCGUAUGGGCUUCACCACUGUACCUCCAAUUGCCGGAGCCUUGCCCUCCCUGGCCAUCCCAGACCUCACAGACAUCCCUGGUCACUGGGUCGCUCCUGUGCCUGAGACGUGCUGCCUGGCAAGCUCAGAGCUGGAGUUCUGGGUCUCCUGUGGCGGUACAGUGUAUUUCAGGAAUGCCAACGGCCGACAACACAAACUGCUGGAGGGAGUAGACCUCAGCCGGCCCCUGUGGGCCAUAAUUGAUGUGUAUGGGCAGACCUGCUCUGUGCUCUUACUGGGUUCGGAGAAGAAAUAUUUUUUGUGGAAUCGAAAAUCCUGUCCUGCUCCUCAACGGCAUUCCUCCUGUUCUGCUCAUCAGAGACAUACCUCGCUCAAUGUAGAAAGCUAUGUGAAUGUGAAGCAAAUUUGUGAUGACAGCCAUGACAGAUGUCUUCUUCCCUGUCCAGCCAAUAAGCAGACAUCAGACAGUGAGAGUGUGGAGGACUGCACGGUGUGUAUGAGCCAGGAGGCCUGUAUCAGCCUGCAGUGUGGCCACCAGUGCCUGUGUCUCCAGUGUGCCACCAGAGUGAUCCAAGAGUUUGGAACCUGCCCUCUGUGUCGCCAGAACAUCAAGAGCUUCCUGCAAACUAAACGCCCCAGGCACAGACCAUCACAUGACAAACUGAUAUGAUGAUAUGAUCAAAUGCUGUUGAGGGACACUACUGUACCUAGUGCACCACAAUAAGGCUGAGAAGAGGAAGAUAAUGAAUGUGACCUGCCAGAUGUGACCUACAAUUGGCAUAAAUUGCACAAUAAUAAUAAUAUAAUAAUAUGCCAUUUAGCAGACGCUUUUAUCCAAAGCGACUUAC